CAAGGAGGAGGAGGAGAGCGGGCAGCAGCAGCCAUGCUGCCAGGGGUGGGUGUGUUCGGCACCAGCCUGACCGCCCGGGUCAUCAUCCCUCUGCUAAAGGAUGAGGGCUUCGCGGUCAAGGCGCUCUGGGGCCGCACUCCGGAGGAGGCGGAGGAGCUGGCCAAGGAGAUGAGCGUGCCUUUCUACACCAGCCGGAUAGACGAGGUCCUGCUGCAUCAGGAUGUGGAUCUGGUCUGUAUCAACCUGCCGCCGCCGCUGACCAGGCAGAUCGCCGUCAAAACUCUGGGGAUUGGAAAGAACGUCAUUUGCGACAGGACAGCCACCCCACUGGAUGCCUUUAGGAUGAUGACGGCUGCGCACUAUUACCCCAAGCUCAUGAGCAUCAUGGGCAACGUCCUCCGCUUCCUGCCUGCCUUCGUGAAGAUGAAGCAGCUGAUCCAAGAGGGCUACGUUGGAGAACUGCUUGUAUGCGAGGUACAAGUUCAUAGCGGGAGCCUGCUGGGGAAGAAAUACAACUGGAGCUGCGAUGACUUGAUGGGGGGCGGGGGGCUGCAUUCGGUUGGUACCUACAUCAUUGACCUCUUGACCUUCCUCACUAGCCAGAAGGCUGUGAAAGUGCACGGGCUGCUUAAGACCUUUGUGAAACAGACGGACUACAUCAAGGGAAUCCGCCAAAUCACGAGCGACGACUUUUGCACGUUUCAGAUGGUCCUGGAAGGCGGGGUGUGUUGCACUGUCACCCUCAACUUCAACGUGCCCGGGGAAUUUAAGCAAGAUAUUGUUGUGGUAGGCUCCAGCGGGAGGCUGACUGUAAUAGGCACGGAUUUGUAUGGGCAGAGCAACAGCUCGCUGCAAAAAGAGCUCCUUUUGAAGGAUUCCACCCCCGUCAGCAAUGCCUUGCUGCCCGAAAAGGCCUUCAGUGACAUCCCUUCCCCAUACCUCCGUGGAACUAUAAAGAUGGUACAGGCUGUCCGGCAAGCGUUUGAGGAUCAAGAUGACAGGCGGACCUGGGACGGGCGGCCGCUUACAAUGGCUGCGACUUUUGACGACUGUCUCUAUGCUUUGUGUGUGGUAGACACCAUUAAAAAAUCGAACCAGCUGGGUGAAUGGCAGAACAUUGCAAUCAUGACCGAAGAGCCAGAGCUGAGCCCUGCUUACUUGAUCAGCGAAGCAAUGCGCAGGAGCAGAAUGUCUCUGUACUGCUAGGGGUUUUUUUUUUUGUCGCUUCUCAGAAAAAAAGUGGAUCAUUGCAGUUCUUUCCUAACGGAAAAAAACAUGCCAUGUGUCUCAGGCCUUGGAAAAGGAAGACAAUAUAGGGAAUAAACCCUUGCUAUUUAAACCACAUUGCCUAGUUGGUGCUGAAAUAUUAGAUGCGUUCGAAAUGCUUGCUUUGAUAGUUGUUCGAGACUCUGUUAAAGAGAAACGUGCAUUAACUGUUUACAAAAUAGCAUUACAGGAAGGUAGAACAGCAUCCAUUUACAAUCUACAGGUGCAUAGCUAAUGCAGUCGCGUUUACUGUGAAUAAAAGGUUCGGGGAGGUCUGGUUUGAGACAUUCCCCACCAAUUAGCAGGCUGCAAAGCUGGUGACUUAUCAGAAAGCCCCUUCCUUGCAGAAAGCAAAACUGGCUGGCUUCUGACAUGGACACUUCCUUGCAGUCCCGCUGAUGAUAGCAUGCUAAUUGAUUACUGCAUCAUUCAGUAACCCAUGCACCUGUAUCAAUUUCAUAGACAGAAUAAGAACACUUUGGGUAUGACUGUGUUGUGUGACCUGGAAAAUUUGGCAGCUUGGUUUUCAUAGUUAAUAAUGAAGGUUUAUGUUCUGUUUGGACUCCCCCCCUUUUCAAGGUAACAGAAACAGAAACAUGUAUAUUUUUUAAAAAUACAUGCAGCUCCAAAAUAGCAGCAUGUUUCUCUUAGGGUCCCGGAAGGAUUCAAUACGACUCACAACAAUCUGCAGAGAAAUAAGGGAAAUUACUUACAGGGUGACCAGCCAGUCUCCUUAUGUUCUCUGAUUGUUGAUAAAUUCUAGAGACACAACCAUGUUAGUCUGCCGUAGCAAAACUAAUAUAGAAUCAUAGAGAUGUAGGGGAUCA